AUGAUAACGCGAGUCACGGACAACGGAGCGGUCUCGGAGGCAUUCACAGUGACCAAAGGAGUGAAACAGGGAUGCGUGCUGGCGCCCACCCUCUUCAGUCUUAUGUUCUCUGUCAUGCUGAUGGACGUCUACCGUGAUGAACGCCCCCUGAUCCCCAGCGCCUACAGGACGGACGGCUACAUAACGGACCAACGGCGGAUGCACUUCCAAUCGCGCGUCCCUACAACCCACGUUCACGAACUUCUUUUCGCCGAAGACUGCGCCCUGAACACCCUCUCGGAAGAGGAGAUGCAACGGAGCAUGGGCUUGUUCUCCGCCGCCUGCGAGAACUUCGGUCUGGUCAUCAACAUGCAGAAGACAGUGGUGAUGCAUAAACCACCACCCAACUCAGCCACACCCCCCAACGCGCCGCAAAUCAGCGUGAACGGAACCCAAAUGCAAGUGGUGGAGAACUUCCCGUACCUGGGGAGCACCCUCUCCCGUAACAUCAAGACCGAUGACGAAGUCGCAAAGAGGAUCUCGAAAGCCAGUCAAGCCUUCGGCCGCCUCCAAAGCACAGUUUGGAAUCGUCACGGUCUCCAACCGAGCAUGAAGCUGAAGAUAUAUAAGGCCGUCAUCCUGCCGACGCUGCUGUACGGAGUGGAGACUUAA